UUUGGCAUUAUCAAAAAAACAAAAACGGCCACUCUGGAACCCUAAUGCCUUUGCAAAGAUGUCCAAUCUUAAAUUUUUGAGAGUUCAUAAUAUUUGUACUCAGUAUGUCCCCAAAUAUCUUCCUAAUUCUUUAAGAUAUCUUGAAUGGAGUGGUUAUCCUGCAAAAUCGUUGCCAUGUUUUCAGCCAGACGAGCUUGUAGAACUUCGUUUGCCAUAUAGCAAAAUUGAACUACCUUGGGAAGGAAUGAAGAUUUUUGACAAGUUAAAGUCCUUCCAUAUGGCUAGCUCCUUGGAUCUGAUUAGAACCCCUGACUUCAGUGGAGCCCCAAAUCUUGAGGAAUUAGUUUUUGCAAGGAGUUCAAAUUUAUGCGAGCUUCACCCAUCCAUUGGAAAAUUGAAAAAGCUUAAAUUUCUUGAUCUAGAAAAAUGCCAAGAACUAACUAGUCUUCCAGACAAGUUUGAAAUGGAGUUUCUUGCGACUCUUAAUCUUACUGGUUUCUCAAAAGUCAAGAAAAUUCCAGAAUUUGUGGGAAACAUGAAAGUUUUACAGGAACUUCUUUUGAAAGGCACUGGUAUUACAACAUUACCUUCAUCUAUUAAAUGUUUGACUGGCCUUAAAAUUUUAAUUUUGCAGGAUUGCAAACAAUUAGUUUGUCUUCCUAACACCAUUUGUAGUUUGACAUCGCUUAACAAUCUUGAUCUUUUUGGAUGCUCAAAAUUUGACAAAUUGCCAAAGGACUUUGGGAAUAUUGUAAGUCUAAAGGAGGUUUAUUUGAGUGGAACAGCUAUAAAUGAGCUGCCUUCAUCAUUUGGAUUUUUGAUUGGCCUUACUUCAUUGGAUCUAACAAAUUGCAAAGAUUUUGUACUUCUUCCAAGCACCAUUUGUAGUAUGAAGUCACUAUUUACAAUCAACCUUUCUGGAUGCUCAAAAUUUGCCAACUUGCCAGAGAAUCUGGGGAAUCUCGAAGGCCUGUAUAAUCUUUCUCUGGAAGGAACAGCAAUAAAAGUUUUACCAUCAUCCGUUGGACGUUUGACUGCCCUUCGACAUUUGAAUCUAAGUGAUUGCAAAAAUCUUUUGUGUUUUCCUAGCAACAUUUGUGGUUUGAAGAUGCUAGAAUAUUUUAAUCUUUCAGGAUGCUCAAAAUUGGUCAACUUGCCAGAGAAUUUGGGAAAUUUCGAAAGCCUGUAUAAUCUUUCUUUAAAAGGAACAUCAAUAGAAGUGUUGUCAUCAUCGGCUGGACGUUUGACUGCCCUUAGGUCUUUGGAUAUAAGGGAUUGCAAAAAUCUUGCGUGUCUUCCUGAUAAUAUUGGGUGCUUAUUCUCCUUAAGUGAGUUACAUCUUUGUGGAAAUAAUUUCUUUUCUCUUCCUGAAAGCAUCUCUCAACUCUCUAGAAUUAGAAUGCUUAACUUGGAUGGUUGCAAGAGGCUUCGAUCGUUACCAGAUAUUCCGUCACAAGAUUGUUAUAUAAAUGUAAACAAUUGUACCUCACUGGAGAGAUUGCCAGAAAGCCCAAAAAAUUGUCCCUUUUGGUGUCGUCAUUUUAAUUUCCAUGUCGAGUGUGUUAAUUGCUUCAAUAUUCAACUCUGUGUCAAGGUACUAAGUGGUAAAUUAGUGGGGAGAUUACCUUAUAUUCUUCCUGGAAAAGAAAUUCCAAAUGGGUUUGAAAAAGCGAACAUACGUGAUAGUUCAGUUGCGGUAUCUCCGAGUUUCCACAGAUGCGAUUAUUCAGUGAACAUGCAAUUGCCUUGGUCGGGGUUUGAUGAGUUGCGGGCAAUUCUUUUGUGCGUUGUUGUUGUACCCUGCGAGCAUUAUAAUCACCCAUCUAUGAUUGAAAUCAAGUCGAUUAAAGUGGAUGGAUUCAACAGGGAUCUUGGUUCCAAAAAAUGGCGUUAUCAUUUUACUGAGUCAAAAUAUGGUAAACUUGAAUCGCCUCACCUUUGGCUGCCCUAUUUGACUUCCUACGGUCUGAAAACCCCUGGCUGGUCUAUUGAUGAGAACGGAUUCCAUGAAGUUGAGUUUACAAUAUCUACCUGGAAAGUGGAGGUGGAGACAGUAGGGUUCCGUAUGUUAAACAUGCAAGACAUGAAAGACUCGGAUGAUUUAAAGAAGAUUGGGAAGAUUGUGAGGGAUCCAGUCAAUGAGAUUUCUUUUUUACCAUUAUAUAAUCUAUUUGUUUCCUUCUUUUUCUUUCUUUUUUUUUCUUUUGUUUUUGUUUUCCUGCACAUAUACUAGCAUUUCCUUUUCUGUUAAUUUUAUUUUAUUUUGGGCUAAGCAUAUGUAAUGCUCUGUUAAGCUUCUACUACCAUACAAUAGCAUAUUGGAUCUCGUCCCUCUGUUAACGGUUUGUUGUAAUUUUUGUUUUUGUUUUUCUCCAACAGUCCGAUAUAUAUAAUAAUGUUUUCUUUUUUCCUUACUGGUGUGUUUGGGACUAUGAUUCUUAUUGAUUUACGAAAGUCACCUAGCUCGGCUCCUUAGAUGUUGAUUUUGCUCUAUGAUUUGCACACUUGCAUGUAAUUGAAGUUAGAAAAAGAAAAGUAAUGAAAAAGUGAAUUGAAGUUUGUAAAACUUUUUUCUGUUUGGUAAUCAAAGAAUGAGAAGUGAAUAAAUAUUACAAUUUUUCAAUGGUAUUGUGUUAUAAUUUGUACAAUGAAUUUGCUGUAUUUAGCACACACCAACACUUCCUUUGGGUUUUCAUCAUAUCAUCUUUUGGUGCAGAGGACGUGUUUUUAUGUAUGCAGAAACUAGCAACCCCACAACCAGCAUCCAUAAUGUGAACUACCCUGCAGACAUAGAUCAACUGUCUCAAGUCAUAU